CAAAGGCGGAAGAAGAGACAAAAACAACAACAGCGGCGGCGGCAGCGGCUCUCCGGCUCGGCGACGGUAGUUGACAGGAACCGGGGCGAUUUACCACUUAUCUGUUCGGUAUCACGAAGUGCCGACUGGCUGUGUGCGUUCACCACACCAGUUACUGUUUACAUUUAUCGGCAAAAUGUCGUCGUUCAUGAGACUGUUCGGUGGCGGGGGUAAGGGUGGGAAAGCGCCGACACCCCAGGAGGCUAUCCAGAAACUCAGAGAGACGGAGGAGAUGUUGGCGAAAAAGCAGGAAUUUCUAGAGAAGAAAAUCGACCACGAGCUCAUGACGGCGAAGAAGAACGGCACGAAAAACAAACGAGCGGCUCUGCAGGCCUUGAAAAGGAAAAAGCGCUACGAGAAGCAGCUGGCUCAGAUUGACGGGACGUUGUCUACCAUCGAGUUCCAGCGGGAGGCCUUAGAGAACGCAAACACCAACACAGAAGUGCUCAAGAACAUGGGCUACGCCGCCAAAGCAAUGAAGGCUGCACACGAAAACAUGGACAUCGACAAAGUAGACGACCUGAUGGCCGACAUCACAGAGCAACAGGAAGUGGCCCAGGAAAUCUCUGAUGUCAUUUCCAGACCAAUCGGCUUUGGGGAAGACUAUGACGAGGAUGAGCUUAUGGCUGAGCUGGAGGAGCUGGAACAGGAAGAGCUGGACAAAAAUCUUCUGGAAAUCGAAGGAACAGAAGACGUUCCUCUGCCCAGCGUACCAUCUACAUCACUUCCAUCUAGACCAGCCAAGAAGAAGGAGGAAGAAGACGAGGAAGACAUGGCGGACCUCGAGGCCUGGGCAGCUAACUGAGCCUGCCCUGCUAGCUAGCUAGCUCCCCCCCACCCCUCCUGUCUGUCUCUCUGCUAACAGACAUCUGGAAGAGAGACAGGGACUCUGGGCUGCUGAGCUGGCUGCUGGCGUACUGCUCUGUCUUAAAGCCUACAUCCCAAUAUCUAACCAUACCCCGACCCUAAAGUAUGCACUCGUGCACAUGUUUGCUGACUCCAAAUGAAAUGAACCCGGGCUUUUCUCUUUUGAUUAGUGUGACAGAAUGAAUCUCUUUGCUCCUGCUGUUCACUCCUCCGAUUCCAAAAGGGCACAGAGUAUGGAAAGACAACGCCAUGCCUAACAGCCUGUGGUUAUUUAUACCAGAUUUCUCUUUGUAAGGAAAAGAGAGCAUGAAUGAGCACUUAGGUGCAUACUUCUAGGGAGGGGUGUGCGGAGGAACAGGACGAGGCUUGUUUCUUGGAGGAAUAUAAAGAAUCAACAGAUGUGUGGGGGAUUUAAAAAAAACAACAAAAAAAACAGAACGACAACAUGACCCAGCCAUUUUUCUGCUUCCUGCGUUGUCAUCUCUCAGCUCUUCUACAAAGAUGACGACUACCCAGUUCUGCUAAAUACCAACAGCAGCAACAAAAGAUUAAUAAUGAAAUAAAAGUGUAGGACUUUGUCAUGAAAUGCCACUGUUAAAUUACAUAACAAAACGGUCCCGUCCCUGUCAGUCAUGUCUCUUGCUGUUACUCAUCAGGAGAAGCUCUGGAUGUAAUCAGUUAAAUUAUAAAUAAGAAUUUGGGGGGAGGAACAUUUUUUUUUUCAGUAGAACAGUUAUUUAAAGGCAGACGUGAGUGUUAAACGGAUUUUUCGGUCCGCUUCGAUUGAAGUGAGCGGGAGAGGGACGCUAAAUCUGGCACGUGCUAACUCGCUAAACAUGCUAACUUACAGCUUUUCCACCACAAUCACAAACUCUGAAUUCUGGAAAAUAAUGUAAUCCAUGUAUGAUAGUAACGACUUCCUUUUGAUUAAACCUUUGAAUUAUCUUGUGACCCUCUUUGAUGUUUUUCCAAUUCGAAGUCGGCUUUACUUGCGAUCUCUUUUCCAAAUUCUUUAGAUUUAUCACGCGCUUAGAUUUUGUGUGGAAUUCAGUCUUACAAGAACAAGCUCAAACCUGCCAAAGUUGUGCCUGGAAGUGAACUCUCUGGCAGGUGUGACCGGCUGCUCCUCCCUACCUUCGAGCAGCAUUAAACACUUCCUCCACGAGACGGUGGGCAGUCUGCUGACAAACCACCAGCCUGUUCUGCUGUUUAGAAAUGCAGGUUUAGUUAAAUAAUGAUCAAUAGUUAUUAGUAGAGAAGCAUCGAUACUGCUAUCAGUGCUAUAACGUCAUGUUUUAUGCUUCAUAUUCAAAUUCAGGAUACAGCCGACUCUGCUGCGUCUGCUGGGGGCCAGGCUUCAUUAUGUUUCCAGGUACAUUAUAUGUAUUUAAAGGUACAACACUAAGUCACUUGAGGACCCCUUUAAGGAUAGUGUGGAACAACUGUGCUCACGUACCUCUAGUGCUUUUCAGCCAUAAGGUUUCUCUAGUUUUAGAAUGUGUUUCUAAUGCAAUGGAGGUAAAUUAAACUAAAUUUAUGUUUAAAUGUAGUUCUUGAACCAACUGCACAUAUUUUGGUUGUUGUCGGAGCUAAAUUCCUACAAAAUGUCCUGACUGAUUCAUACAAAUCAAGUAGACAAAAUCUGACAAACAUCCCCCAUAUAGCUGCUCGUUGACGUUGUGACCGUUCAUACAAUCAACCGAUUACUCCGGUGCGGCUGCCAGAAGGCCCGUUACGACACCCCGGACGGCCUCCGUGACUGAAAAUGAAAUCGCUCGUGCCUGACACCGCCAGCGCCUUGCCUGUCUGUGUGGUUUAACAGUGACAAAAUCUGAGAAACUCCUACACGGGUUGCAUUUAGAGAGGACGAGUGUGAGUGUGUGAUGUUUUUUCAGCCUUUUGACACAGUGACCUCUUGUGAAGUCAAAUUGCGAUGGUGAGAUGAAUUUUAUUCUCUUUUUUUUGGAGGGGGGGGAAUUUGCACUUGUAGUACUUAAUUGAUUUAAGCAUCGAGUGAUGAACACGGGGCGGCUUUGCUCCAUGUUGGUCUUUGUGAUAAAACCAUGACGUGAGCGAGUCCAACCUCUGUUCUCUGCGCCGCCGCUCACGGCUGCAGUCAGUCUUUCUGGUAGCAGACGGGUUUAUGAUGGAAGAAUUGGGGCCGAUGGUGAGUCAGACGGAUGGUUGAGAUUGCACAUCACACCUGAUCUAGGAACAGUUAAGUAAAAUAAGUAGCAAAUUGACAACUUUCGCUCAAUUUUGCAGUGCACAGAAACCUCCAAUAUGUUCGAAAAUGGGUCGACCCCAAUCCUGACAUUUAUAAAGAAUAAUAGUAAUAAAAAACUUGCAUAUGCCAAUAGCAUUUGUUUUCCUUUUUUUUUUUUUUCCUGUUUACCUCAGAUAUCAUUCAUAUUCUCUGUGCUCUGUGCUGAAACACAAUGUGACCUAUAGCCAGUUCUGCCCAGAGCUGUAUAAAGAGAUGGACAUUGGAGACUUUCCAUGUGGCAGUCAUGCGACUGUUGUUCAUGUGUGGCUGUAUACGGUUUACCUUAAUAAAGUUGGUAUUCAAA